CACAACUCGCAGACACGGAAGUGGAACUUCCGUACGGACUGGGGGCGACCGGGGGCUGCGGGCGGGCGCCCCCGCAGAACCCAUGGAUUCCCUCCUCUUCCUCUGCGCCCGCCGCAUCGUCGCCCACCGCCCUCUUCCCGCCCUUCCCGCCGAUCUCUAUCCCGUCCUUUUCCAAGCGGCUUUCCUGGACGGGAGACCCCUGGUGCUGCGGGAUUUGGUCACGGCUUGGCCUUUCCCGGUGCUCAACUUCCAGCGCCUCGUGGGGCGCCGGGAGCUGCUGCGGGAUCACCCCUGCAAGCUCUGCGUGCAGGCCGUCAUCCUGGCCGUGGUGGCGCAGCUCCGGCGGCAGCUGGAAGAGCCCAGCCACGAUUCCAGGCUGCGCGUGCUGGACGUGACGGGACUCCCGGAUCCGGCCGGCCGCGCUCCGGAUGGGAUGAGCGUCUGGUCCGGCACCGUGGCUUUGGCCAAGGCUUGCGUGGAGGUGUCCAAGCACCAGCGGGAAUUCCAGAGGCGCGGAUCCAAGCGGCACAAAGGCCGCUCCGGAGCCGCCACGGCCGCGGCCGCCCCGCAGCCCCCGGGUGUGGACGUCCACGCCGACCUGUUCGUCAACGGGACGUCCUACGGGAUCCUGCGCGACGCGCUGCAGACCGCGGCUGCCGGCCCGCUGCGCCUCAAGUGCCGCGAGUUCCAGGCCGAGGAGCUCUCGGCGUCCGGGAUCGUGGCUUUGCUGGAAUCCUUGGAUCCCUCCUGCGUGAGGAGGGUGGAUCUGCGCUUCAACAACCUGGGGCUGCCGGGGCUCUCGGUGAUCCUGCCGCACCUCUCGCGCUUCCCGGAGCUGCGCAGCCUCAAGCUCCAGUACAGCAACGUGGACGUGCGGCGCCCCACGCCGGAAUCGGCCAUCGGGAUCCGCUGCCUGGCCGGGCAGCUGGGAAUGCUGCCCAGCCUGCGCGAGCUCAACCUGGGCUCCUCCCGCCUCUCCGGGAACCUGCGCCAGAUCCUCUGCGACCUCCAGGCUCCCUUGGAAAGCUUGGAAUUGGCCUUCUGCUCCCUCGUUCCCGCCGACCUCGCCUUCCUCUCCCAAAGCUUCCACGCUCCGGCCCUCAAGAGGUUGGACCUCAGCGGCCACGACUUCUCCCAGGGCCUCCUGGAGCCGCUGCGGCUGCUCCUGGAGGAGACCUCGGCCUCGCUGCUGCACCUGGAUCUCAUGGAAUGCCGCAUGGCCGACUCCCACCUGGACGCGCUGCUGCCGACGCUGCGCCGCUGCUCCCGCCUGCGCUUCCUGGGACUCUACGGCAACUCCCUGUCCACGGCCGCGCUCAAGGAUCUGCUCCAGAAAACCCUGGAGCUGCCCGACCUCCACCUGGUCGUUUAUCCCUUCCCCGUGGAUUGCUACAAGCCGGAGCCGCCGUCGGAAUCCGGCUGGAAUUUCUGGGAGCCCACGGACGGGGAGCUGCUGGCGGCCGCUCACGCGGAGUUUUCCCGGCUGCUGGAAAAUUCCGGGAGGAGCGACCUCGUCUGGACUUACAACCCCUACGGCCACGGAGCCCUGGACUACUUCUCCUUGUGACUCGGGAAAAGCUCGGAGCCGGGAAAAGCUCGGAGCCUCCACGGCGGGAAAGCGCCGCCUCCUCUUUCCUGAACCCCGGGCGCUUUCCGUCUCAUCCCGGUGCUUUUCCUCCUCAUUCCGGUGGUUUUUUGCCCUUGAUUUCGGUGCUUUUCCGCCUGGUUUCAGUAUUUUUCCAGUUCGUCCCGCUGGUUUUCCGCCCUAUCCCGCCAUUUUUCCCGGAUUUCGUAGUUUUCUGCCACCUUUUGAGUUUUUUCCUCCCCAUCCCGAUAGUUUCCCCCUCGUCCCGAUAUUUUCCCCCCUCAUCCCGACAUUUCCUCCCUCAUCCUGGUAUUUUUCCUCCUCAUCCCGGUAUUUUUUCCUCAUUUCAUUCUUUUUCCAGCCCAUCCCAAGGUUUUUCCAUUAGGACUGGCUUUGCACGGCCGAAUUCCCAAACCCAGCUGUUUUCCGUCUUUUCCCGCUUCUUUUCCUCCUCAUUCCAGGGUUUUUUUCCCUGAUUUCGGUGCUUUUCCACCUGGUUUUUAUUGUUUCCCACCUCAUCCCGAUAUUUUCUGCCUUAAUUCAGGAUUUUCCUGCCCCAUCCCGAUAUUUUCCCCUCAUCCCGAUAUUUUUCCACCUCAUUUUGGUGUUUUUUCUGCCCUAAUCCCAAUUUUUCCCCUCCUCAUCCCGCUCUUGUCCCUGAACUUUUCUUGCCACCUCUAGAGGGAAAAAAACCUCUGGCAUUCCCUUAAUUCCUAAGGGGUAUUAAGUAAUUAUUAAUUAAUCAAUAAUUAAUUAUGAA